AUGAACAAUGUUAACAGCGAGGACCCCACCCGUCAGGUUUAUUCAGAAUUAGGAAACUUUAUCCCGACUGGAUAUCAGGAAAAUUAUGAUUGUGAAUUAUCACAAAGCACCGUUGCUGCUGGCAGUUGUGGUGUUGGGAAUCAUUUGCCUAUUUUUCAAAAUAUGUUGAGUCAAGUCGAUGAAAAACCGAAAAUACUAUUGAUGGGUUUAAGAAGAAGUGGUAAAUCAUCAAUUCAACGGGUUGUUUUUCACAAAAUGGCACCAAACGAAACAUUGUUUUUGGAAAGUACCCACAAAAUUGAAAAGAAUGACGUAUCUGAAUGCUCCUUUAUCAAAUUUCAAAUAUGGGAUUUUCCUGGUCACAUUGAUUUUUGUGAUGAGACCUUUCAAUCUGAAGCUAUAUUUUUAGCUUCUUGUGCUAUAAUUUUCAUUAUCGAUGCUCAGGAUGAUUAUCAUGCGGCUUUAACCCGCCUACAUGCUACUUUAGAAUCAGCGUUCCGUUUUAAUAUGAAUAUUAAAUUUGAAGUAUUUAUUCAUAAAGUUGAUUGUUUAUCAGAUGAUCAAAAAAUGGAUAUACAACGAGAUAUUACUCAACAUGUAACAAGUGUCUUAGAGGAUUUAUUGUGCGAACAACCGUCGAAUGCUGGAAUUAGUAUAGGAUUUCAUUUAACUACAAUAUAUGAUCAUUCAAUUUUUGAAGCAUUCAGUAAAGUAGUACAAAAAUUAAUUCCUUACUUGGAAGCAUUUGAACAUUUAUUAAAUAUAUUUAUUACAAAUUCAAUGGUGGACAAAGCAUUUCUUUUUGAUGUCACCAGUAAAAUAUAUCUAGCAACAGAUUCAAAUGCAGUAGACAUGCAGACGUAUGAAUUAUGCUGCGAUAUGAUUGAUGUUGUCGUAGAUGUGGCAGCAAUCUACACUCCCCAAUCUAAUUUUGUUGAUCCGCCUGUAUCUGAGCAAACUGGGGCAACAAUUAUCUUAAACAAUGACAGAGCAUUAUAUCUUCGUGGUGUCAAUCAGUAUAUGGCUCUAGCUUGUUUGAUGUAUGAAGAAUCUUUAGAGAAAAUGGGUUUAAUAGAAUUCAAUUUCUGUGUCAUUAAGAAUGCAUUACAACAAAUGCUUGAAUUAAAUCAACAACAUGCAAAGCGAGAACUAGCUGCUUUGCUGACUCACCAACCGUCUUCAGAUCCUAUACCAGAAGAUGAAGAGCCAGUAAACGAACUUGAUUCGAGUGGAAAGGAUGAAGAUGGACAGGAAGUUAGUGAUGGAGAACCACAAUAUAAAAAUAGAGAUGUAAGAAGAGAAUAG